UUGGUAACACUGCGUUACCAGUUUAACUGUCUAUCUGUUCUGUCUUCACACUUCUCUUCAAUAUUAGCUCUCAGAAAUGGCGGUGGGUAAAAAUAAAGGUCUUUCUAAAGGUGGCAAGAAAGGAGUGAAAAAGAAGAUUGUAGACCCGUUCACAAGAAAAGAUUGGUAUGAUGUCAAGGCCCCGUCAAUGUUUGCCACCCGACAGGUUGGCAAAACCUUGGUAAACCGUACCCAAGGUACCAAGAUUGCCUCUGAAGGUUUGAAAUCCAGAGUGUUUGAAGUAUCCCUUGCUGACUUGCAAAACGAUAAUGAUGCUGAACGCUCCUUCAGGAAGUUCCGUCUUAUUGCUGAGGAUGUGCAGGGUAGAAAUGUAUUGACCAAUUUCCAUGGCAUGGAUUUGACUACUGAUAAACUGAGGUCAAUGGUCAAAAAAUGGCAGACGUUGAUUGAAGCUUCAGCUGAUGUCAAAACAUCUGAUGGAUACCUGUUACGAGUAUUUUGUAUUGGUUUUACAAACAAAGACCAAUUGUCUCAGAGAAAAACUUGCUAUGCUCAGCAUACACAAGUUAGGGCUAUCCGUAAGAAAAUGGUUGAAAAAAUUAUCGCUGAAAUUCAAAAGUCUGACUUGAAAGGAGUUGUAAAUAAACUUCUUCCUGACAGUAUAGCUAAGGAUAUUGAGAAAGCCUGCCAGGGUAUCUAUCCUCUUCACGACGUAUACAUCCGUAAAGUGAAAGUUCUGAAGAAACCCCGUUUCGAACUGUCCAAGCUCUUGGAGUUGCAUGGUGAUGGCGGUAAAGGAGGAUCUGGUGAACCCGGUGGUGAUGCUGGCUCUAAAGUUGAUAGGCCUGAAGGUUAUGAACCACCAGUACAAGAAAACGUUUAAACUUUUAAAGAAUGUUGUAAUAAAACUGGAAAAGAAGUAAA